AUGAGUGAAACCGAAGUUAUAUUACCUUUGGAGAUUAUUGACAAGACAAUUAACCAACCAGUAUGGAUUAUAUUGCAAUCUAACCGUGAAUUUACCGGUAAAUUAGUAGGUUUCGACGAUUUUGUAAAUGUUAUUAUUGAAGAUGCUGUUGAAUACAUUACCGAUAACCAUAACCAGUGCGAUACCGAAUUGAGACAUCACGGUAGAAUGCUUUUAAGUGGGAACAACAUCGCUAUGUUAGUGCCAGGUGGUAGAAGGUAG